AUGGCACCACUGUCAGAUAACCGCAGCUGGGACGUUCAGCCCAAGGAUGCCAAACAAGCACUUGCGGAAGACAAAUAUGACGAUUGCAUGUCUUGCAAAGUGACGGGCUCUGCUGCUUUUAUUGGACUUGGGGUCUACAGUUACUAUACCGGCAUGCAAAACCUACGGAAGCAAGAGAAGAUCAUUAUGCAAGGCCCAACCAAAUACAAGAUGGGCUCGCGAAAGUUGGGGAUUGCUACGAUAUCGGCUAGCUUGAUAGGCGCGGGUCUCUGGCGAGCCUUCAACUGA